CCAGGCCACUUGAAUGGUCCUAGAGGUUUAAUGUAUUCAGCAUAGUCAAGCAAUCGCUGCGGCGCUGCCUACUUCCAAUCCGCACAGAUAACACUUUUUUGUUAUUUAUUUUUUUCCUAAGUUUGUUUUCUGUACUUGUGUACAGUUUAGAAUCUAUUCAACAGGUUUGCCAGUACAGAUCUUCCGUUCUUUCGACUUUUAUUAAGUGGAUUUUCGGGAUCGGGACUUUUGGAAACUGUAUGGGCUACCAUGAAGAGUCUUAAAGCGAAGUUUAGGAAGAGCGAUGCCCACGAGUGGAACAAGAACGAUGAGCGUCUCCUAAGUGCGGUGGAACAUGGCGAGGCUGACAAGGUCACCUCACUGCUGACCAAGAAGGGGGCCAGUGCUGUCAAGCUGGACAGCGAAGGCAGAUCUGCUCUACAUGUUGCAGCCACACGGGGGCAGGCAGAAUGUCUGGCAGUGAUUCUGGCCCAUGGGGCCGACGCCUCGGUGAUGGAUGCUUCAGGUUUUAGUGCUUUACACCUCGCUGCCAAAAACAACCACCAGGAGUGUGCCAAAAAGCUGAUACAGAGUAAGUGUGUGAUAGAUGCUCUGGACAGCUCAGGGAAAACAGCCCUUCACCAUGCAGCUGCCAGUGGAAGUGUAGUGAUUGUUCAACUCUUAUGUGAGCACAAGUGUCCUGUGAACCUCAAAGACACGGAGGGGUUCACUCCUUUGCUGCUGUCUGCAAGACAUGCCCAUGCAGAGGUGUGCCGGAGCCUCAUGGACUGGGGGGCUGACGUCAACGCCUGCGACAAGAAUGGCAGAACUGCAGUGAUGCUGGCCAGUGAGAGCAGCUGUGUGGCUGCAGUGGAGAUCCUGGUGCAGCGGGGUGCAGACCUGAAGAUUGUGGACUCACUGGGGCACGAUGUCCUUCACUACGCCAAGCUGUCAGGCAGCUCUGAAGUCAGAGCCGUUCUCACCAGCGCACUGCAGAGGCUCAGUGCUGAUUCAGAUAAGAUGUCACCAAAACCUGUCCAGCAUGAUCAAGUGGCUAGGUUAAGUGCGGACAGAAGCACCACUCCCAAAAAACGAAAAGCACCACCGCCCCCUAUUAGCCCUGUACAGAGCCUUUCAUUGGCUGAUGUGGCCUCACCGCCUUACCUUACCCCAACCACAACUCCACUGUCUAGUAAAAGCGAUACAUCCAAGAAGUUCAAUUAUAAGGAGGAAGAGCUGAAGAGUGCUGCACUGAAGGAAGACAUUGAGAAGCUCCAGGAAGAGAAGAGCAUGCUCCUGGAGACCAUCGAAGAUCUGAAGCAGAUUGUGGAGCAGACUCAGCCCAAGGCAGAGCACUGUGGGAAUGAGGAGUCGUCGUUGGUAGCGACGCUGCAAGCAAAGAUUGCCGCGCUCUCUCUAGAAAAUCAGCAGCUUGCUCAAAUACUGAAGAAACGUCCCACCCCUCAGGGAGAGGAGGGACAAGAUGACUCCCGUCCCAACAGCAUCGAUUCCAACGCCUCCUUUCACUCGACCCGCGCAGAGUUCGACCGCCGCAGUGAUGUCCAGACCCCGACGCUGGAGGAGGAGGAGUUCUCGGACCUGUCUGCACAGGAUGUCAGCAGCAUGUCCCUCAAAAAGGAGGAUGAGGAUGAGGAGGCGAAGGGGGGGAGUGAGGAGGAGAUCCGGCUGCUGAGGGAGGCGCUGCAGAGCCUCCAGACCAAGCUGCAGGAGUCGCGGCUGGAGAAUCAGACCCUACAGGCCAGGCUCACACCGUGUCCCGGUGACGAGGAGAAAAGGGACGAGGGGGGGUCAGAUAGUGAUGUGGAGAUGCGGGCCAAGAUAGCAGAGAUAAAGGAGAAGUACCAGGAGGCAAUGCAGGAGGUGCUGGCGCUCAGGGCAGAGGUUAAGCUGUCCCCGGUGGGGCAAGGGAAUGGCAAUGCGGCACAGGACUUCCAAGAGCUGAAGGCCUCUAUGGAGCAAGAGAUCCAGGAGCUGAAGUCCAAACUGGCCCGGUCCCAGGAGGAGCAGGAGAGGGACGCAAGCCUUAUCCGGGACCUGGAGACCCAGUUGGAGAACAUGGCUAGCCGGCUGUCAGUGGAGGAACGUGAGGAGCUCAAGAGCUCCUACAGCAUGCUGGUGGACAACAUCAACCAGGAAAAGGCCCUGCUGAUUGACAAGUACAAGGAAGCGCAGGAAGAGAUCAAGAUGCUGCAGGAAGCACUGAGAGGCACUGUCCCUGUCGAGGCUGCUGCCAAGGACUUUGAGGAGAUGAAGGCAGAGCUGAGCCAGAUCAUAGAGGGUCUCCAAAGGAGACUGCUGGAGCUGUCACACUCCUACAGUGAGGCCAAGAGCGAGCUUAGUGCUGCCCGGAGCCAGCUGGAAGCAAGGCCUGCAGAAGAGCCUAGAGGUGGGGUGGAUGCGGCCUGUGUCACCAAGGAGCAGCAUGAACGGCAGGUGCAGGACCUGCUGCGCAAGAUGGAGGAGAUGCAGGAUGCAGCAUCCGAGACUGAAGCUAAGUAUCUGGCGGCUCUCAAGGAAAUCGCUCUGCUCAAGCAGGAGGUGGAGAUGCAAGCUCAGAACUCAGUGGCGCUCACAGACCACACCCAGGUGGUGGCCUCUCUGGGGAGCGCCAUCAAGGAGCUGGAGGCCCAGGUCGGGGCUCUGAAGGAGCAGCUGUCCCAGAAGGCCCUGCAGGUGGACGCCUUGCAGAACAGGUUGACGGUUGAGAAGGACGUGACGCCGGACGACUCCGUGUCCAGGCUGGAGCACGAGCAGCUGAGGGAGUCCCUGGAGGGUGAGGUCAAUCAGCUGACCCAGCUGCUGCAGGACGCCCUGAGGAAGCAGGACGAGAUUGCCCUGGAGGCGGCUGCCGCCUGGCAGGAAGUGAAGGAGAGCAGAAGUGAGAGGGAGGCCAUGCAGGAGCAGGCCAAGGCCAGGGAUCAGGAGAAGAGCGAUUUGAACACCAAGUACAAAGAGGCCCAGGAGGUGAUCGUUGACCUGAAGAAACGAACAGAAAGUCUUGUGAGCUCAGAGCAAGAUAAGACUAAAAAGAUUGAGGAUCUGACAAAGGAAGUGAGCAAGCUGAAGGAGGCCCUGAACAGUUUGUCCCAGCUGUCCUAUACCACAGGCACCCCCAAGAGGCAGAACUUGCAAGUUGACUCCCUGCAGCAGCAAGUGAAGCAGCUCCAGUACCAGCUUGCUGAAUCUAAAAAGCAGCACCAUGAAAUUGUGUCCGUCUACCGGAUGCAUCUCCUUUAUGCAGUCCAGGGUCAAAUGGAUGAAGAUGUGCAAAAGGCCUUGAAGCAGAUACUGAUGAUGUGCAAGAUGCCAACAGAAGCCAAGUAAUUUAAAACAACUGUUUACUUCCUGCAUCAGUCAGACUGAAGGAACAUGCAACCUGAUCGUACUGUCUCUUUUUACCUAAAAGUAUAUGUGCACUGUAUCCGUCCACCAAAACCGCAGGUGACUUAUGACUCAGUACACGUUGAAGAUAGGAAAAAAAAAUCUGUAUGUCAGAGCCAGUGCAGUUAUGUGGUUUGUCCUUAAGAGAAAACCUUACUCACAUAAUUGAAAUGAUUGCAUUAAAAUGAUAACAUUCCAUGUCCAGCUGCUGAGAGCACAUAUCAGACAAUUAAUCAGACGAGGAGCUGCAGACCCUUCAACUAGCAGACUGAAACA